AUGAAGGGAAUCCUGGGUAGUUUUUGCUUUGAAAGAAAAUAUUUCGAUACAACAAUCGACCUUCUAUCAAAUUUGAUUCCACAUCGUUUAAUCAUUUUGGCAAAAGGAUUAGAGGAGCCGAAUGCUAAGAGAAACGACAAGUCAACCUUAAUAGACCUAUCCAACGAGAAGUCAACCUUAAUAGACCUACCCAACGAGAUCAUCUUCGACAUCCUUAUGAGGCUGCUGACAAAAUCGCUUUCUGAAAUCCGUGGCUUAUCAAAGACCUCUUCAAACAUAGUUGAUGACCCCUUUUUUACCACGCUGCACACUCAACGUUUACUUAAUUCUGCUACUGCUCCCGUUGAAGCAGCUCGACUAAUGUUUCUUGUUCAGAUUUGGUCAUGCAAGAAAAGAGAAGAAGAGAGAGGUAGCAAAAACAGGAAAGUAGAAGAGAGAAAGGCACAUCAGGGCAACUUAUUGUAUGUAACCUAA